UGAUGAGGCAACAUGCGACAGAUAACAAGCCGGAAAGCCAGGAGAUAAGAGUGUGAUGAAGACAACCAUCCAGCCGGACCAGCAUCAGAUCAACGCAAGACCAUCGCCAACCAGAGGCUGUCCGGAGGGGUACAAGACAUAUAAAGCUGUCAUGCCAUCGUACUAGCUUCCAUUACGCCCGUUCUGCUUUUAAAGAUCACCAGAAAUAAAGCCAGGGAACCGACGAGCUCCGUUCUUUCGAGUCUCCCUAAUUAGAGACCACGCACGCACAAUGCAGCGCAACACAUUCGCACCUCCUCCGGCCCAGUCGCCUCCCCUCCACCAUCCUAUCCCGCAACAUGUCUCUACAGUACCGAUGAUGCGGUCGCCGCCGCCGCCAGUCUCCCAACAGCCCCAGCCCCAACACCAGCAGCAUGGAUAUAACAAUCCUUAUCAGCCAAAUCCGGCCCAGGGAGGAGGCCAGUUUGCCCCUGGCUUUGGCGGCUUUAUGUCAGAUCCCACUGCUCAAAUGGGGUUUCAGGUUGGGAAGAGUGCCGUCAUGGCCGGGCAGGAGUAUAUGGAGCAAAACUUGAACCGUUAUGUGUCGAUUCCCGCACUAAAGCACUACUUCAAUGUCUCCAAUUCAUACGUCAUUAAGAAGCUCGCUCUCGUACUAUUCCCCUGGAGACAUAAGCCAUGGUCCCGCCAGCAGGGACGGAUGGCUGGCGCAGCCUCCGCAAACGGCCAGAUAAGCCAGGCUCAGUACACUUCCAUGUACCUCCCACCACGAGACGACGUCAAUUCACCGGAUAUGUACAUUCCCGCCAUGGCUCUAGUCACCUACAUCCUGCUCUCAGCGGUCAUGGCUGGUCUACGAGGGAAUUUCCAUCCAGAGAUACUACGCUCCAUAACGUUCAUUGCUCUGGCAGUGGUGGUAUUUGAGAUUGUCUGCCUCAAGGUUGCCAUGUAUAUUCUCAAUAUUAAUAAUGACUCCCAGCUUCUUGACCUGGUGGCUUACUCAGGAUACAAGUUUGUUGGUAUCAUUCUUACCUUGGGGGUGUCUGAGAUUCUCACGCCGGGCCAAGGCACGGGGGGCUGGGUUGGCUGGACUGUGUUCAUCUAUACCUUCCUCGCUAACGCCUUUUUCUUGGUCAGUAUUAAGAAAUUUUUGAAAGACCAUUCAAGAAAAAGAUAGUCAUGCUAACGUUAAUUGUGUGUGUACAGCUACGUUCACUCAAGUACGUCCUUCUACCGGACAGCUCAUCCGACGCAGCCAUGCGAGGCGGAGCCAUGCCGACCGUUGCCCGCUCCCAGCGCAAUAGGCGCACCCAGUUCCU